GCGGCCGCGCUGGAGACGCCGCGGGGCAUGCUGAGCCCGGAGCGCCCGCUCCCCGCGGGGACCCGGCCGGCGGCCGCCGCGCUGCUCCUGCUGCUGCUGCUGCGGGGCGCCGGGGCGCAGAAAGGUGAUGGUUGUGGACACACUGUUCUUGGCCCAGAAAGUGGAACUCUUACUUCAAUAAACUACCCACAGACGUAUCCCAACAGCACGGUGUGCGAGUGGGAGAUUCGUGUAAAAUCCGGACAGAGAGUGCAGCUCAAAUUUGGUGAUUUUGAUAUUGAAGAUUCAGAUGCUUGCCAUUUUAAUUACUUGCGAGUUUACAAUGGAAUUGGACCCACCAGGACAGAGAUAGGUAAAUACUGUGGUCUGGGCUUUCAGAUGGACAGUUUAAUUGAGUCAAAAAGUAAUGAAGUCACAGUACAGUUCAUGAGCGGGACACAUCUUUCUGGGCGUGGAUUUCUUGCCUCAUAUUCAACCACUGACAAAUCAGACCUAAUAACCUGUUUAGACAAUGCAAGUCACUUUUCUGAACCAGAAUUCAAUAAGUAUUGUCCAGCUGGAUGUGUGAUUCCUUUUGCUGAUAUUUCUGGCACUAUUCCUCAUGGAUACAGCGAUUCCUCGUCACUUUGCAUGGCUGGUGUGCAUGCAGGAGUGGUGUCAAAUAUUCUGGGUGGCCAAAUCAAUGUUGUAAUCAGCAAAGGCAUUCCAUAUUAUGAAAGCUCUUUGGCUAACAAUGUCACCUCAAAAGAAGGACUAUUAUCUGUAAGUCUCUUCACGUUUAAGACUAGUGGUUGCUAUGGGACACUGGGAAUGGAAUCUGGAGUAAUCCCUGAUUCUCAGAUUACUGCAUCAUCAAGUCUAGAGUGGCCUGACCAAACAGGCCAGGCAAACAUCUGGACUCCUGAAAGAGCCAGAUUGAAAAGGCCUGGACCUCCUUGGGCUGCUUUUACCACUGAUGGAUAUCAGUGGUUACAAAUAGACCUGAAUAAAGAAAAGAGAAUAACAGGCAUUAUAACUACUGGAUCCACCAUAGUAGAGUACUACUAUUACAUCUCUGCCUACCGAAUUCUAUACAGUGAUGAUGCACAGAAAUGGACAGUAUACAGAGAACCUGGUGUUGAUCAGGAUAAGAUAUUUCAAGGAAACACUGAGUAUUACCGGGAAGUUCGCAAUAACUUCAUUCCACCUAUUAUUGCACGUUUUGUUAGGGUUAACCCGUUAAAAUGGCAUCAGAAAAUUGCAAUGAAAGUGGAACUGCUAGGAUGUCAGUUUAGUAUAGGUCGGGCUCCAAAACUUACCAUGCCGCCACCACCACCACCACAAAGUAACAAUAACUUCUCCGUGCAGACUGAUAAAACAACCUCCACUCCUGAGAUCAAAAACACCACUGUGACUCCAACUGUAACCAAAGAUGUGGCACUGGCAGCAGUCCUAGUUCCAGUAUUGGUGAUGGUCUUCACUACUCUCAUUCUGAUCUUAGUGUGUGCAUGGCACUGGAGAAACCGAAAGAAAAAAGCUGAAGGAACAUAUGACUUACCUUAUUGGGAUCGCGCAGGCUGGUGGAAAGGCAUGAAGCAGUUUCUUCCUGCCAAGUCAGCAGAGCAUGAAGAAACCCCUGUUCGCUAUAGCAACAGUGAAGUUAGUCACCUGAGACCAAGAGAAGUCCCAACUAUCUUACAGACUGAGUCUGCAGAGUAUGCUCAACCACUGGUAGGGGGAAUCGUUGGUACACUUCAUCAGAGAUCAACCUUUAAACCAGAAGAGGGAAAAGAAGCAAGCUAUGCUGAUGUGGAUCCUUACAACUCACCUGUACAAGAAGUUUAUCAUGCUUACGCUGAACCAUUGCCUGUCACUGGACCAGAAUAUGCAACCCCAAUAAUCAUGGACAUGUCAGGUCAUCCCACUGCACCUCUUGGUGUUUCUUCUAUUUCUACUUUCAAGGCUACAGGGAACCAAGCCCCUCCCAUAGUGGGAACUUGCAAUAAACUCUUAGCUAGGACAGAUAGCUUAUCAUCUGCACAUGCACUGUAUGAUACACCAAAAGGGAUGUCUGGACCGGAUUCCUCAGUUGAAUUGGUGUACCAGGUACCACAGAGCAUGCCACAUUUCACAGGAAGUUGAGAACUGAGGUAAGUCAUGAAUGAGCUAGGGGGUGGCAAAUGUGAAUUCUUAAAACAAAAUUCUUUGAAGGUGACUAUAUUAAAAUGUCAGUUUUGAAUCACAUUGAAUUUUUUUUGUAUUGUAAGUUGUAGUAACGUGGAGUUGAACAAAAAUGUGAUGUGAUAUCGGAGGUCCAGAAAACUAACAAUCCUGCCAUUUCUUUGAGGGUAUAUACAUAUGAUUUAUUUGUUGCUGUUCAGAAAUCAUGGACACCCAGUUUACUACUGUACAUGAGAGAGAGAGAGGAGGUCCCUAAGAUGAACUUCAGCAAUUGAUAGUCACGCUGCAUGGAGAUGAGAGAUACAUUGCUAUAGCCUGAGAGCCAAUAAUUUAGACCUUGCUGAAGGUACGGUUCCUGAAAUACCAAAAAGCUUUAACGUUUCUGAAAUCCACAUGCAACUGAGGGAUUGUACCCAACAUCUAGUUUCCCCAAAGAGAACUUCAAAAAAACUUGAUAUUUCUGGGACUGCUCCUGCUGUAACUGAACUCUAGGACAAAACUCCCACUGACUUCAUCGGAAUCAGGAUCGAGCUUGAAUGAGUACAAGUGUUCCACCUUUUUCUUUGUGGGAUCAGCAAUCCGGAGUUGCUGGAAAUCUCUAAGGUGAGCUACUUCGGAGGAAACAAUUUUUCUACUGUACUUAGCUUCCUUUUAAAAAAAACUAAACCCCAACAUCUGUUAGCUUUGUAAUGUAAGUUGUUACCUUUGCCACAUCUUCUCAAGUCUCGUUGACUUUAAGGUCAGAAGGGACCAUCAAGAUCACCUAGUCUGACCAUCUUCACAUUGUAGGCCACAGAACCUCACCCCUGUCUUUUCUAGUGAUAAUUUCUCUGUACUAAUUCAUUGUGUGAUCAGACUCUUUUCUAAACAGAGACUACAGUGUGAUCAGUGUCCUUAACAAUUGGUUACUUGGGAAUUUAUCCCUAGUAAGUGAGACUACUGAAUUAUCCUAAUUUGAAUCCUCCGAGUUCCCAAUUGCCUCUGCAAUGCGGCUGAAAACUUGGUCAUUCUUUGAGGAAAUUGCAGGUCUAGAAGAGUGACACUUUUUUUUAAAGAACUUGUACUGGUUUAAAUCAGUAGGCAAGUACUGCUGAGAGCUUUUAAGAUUAAGGGACAGGUUUUCAAGCUCAUGCUCAAAAAUGCCCAGCGUAAGCACAUGAAUAAAAUGACAACUGCAUGAAAGUUGGAGUUUGUGCAUAGACAUAGCAGUUUAUUUACACAAACACUACACUUCUGGGGAGUUGCGGGUACAUUUUGGCCAGGUGCAUUUGAAAAUUUGGUCCUCUGGACUUGUAAACAUAACUGCUCAUGUCUAGAAUGAAGGGUGAAAAUAACCAAGUCUUAACAAACAAAUUGAGAUUUGUUUUAAAGUGUGCACCAGUUUAGAAGCUACUACGUAACCUAUUGGAUUCAUCAUAUACUUGAUUGUUUCAACUGUCCCUGCUGUGUUUUUAUUGAAUUAAAGCUGUGCUGAAUUUCAUAUUAAGAGAAAUGGAGAUAAAGCUCCAUAGCUUGAUUUAAUCUUGCCAAAUGAAAAUUUCUCUGGUUGCUGUUUAAAAAAAAUACACCACCACCAAAUUGUUUUAAUCACUUUGACAUUUAUCUUGUAGAAACAAAGCAUAGUUUGUUUUGAUUAAACAAAUAAUGGUGAGUAGUGAAAAACUUCUUUAAAUAGCUUUAUUUUUUUUUUUAAUGGCACUGUUGGGAGGAUACUGAAAAAAUUUAUAAAUGUGACAUCCUUGCAUACACAGUAGCCCAGUUUUAUGGAUUUUUCUAUUGAUACAUGAUUCAAAUGAGCCUUGUUUUUUGUCCAGGGCCUAUAUAAUUGGAUGUACAACUAAAUAUAGAUAUAAACUAAUGCUGGUAAAAGUGACUGUGCCAAUCCCAAAUGUUAGAAAAAUCUAUUUAGUAGUACCUUACUUCAUUCUUGCUGCAAAUUGGAAAGAUUUACUCUGCCUUUUCCCUUGAUACUGAGUUUUUACAAAAAUGUGAUGCAUAACUUAUUUUUCUUCUGUUACUGAGGUACUAAGACUAAUCACAUUUGUGAUAGUAACCAUUUGGAAUUAUGUGCACUGUGUUUUAAGGCCCGAUCCUGCAAACUCUUAUGACUAGUUCUACUGAUGAAAAUAAAGUUUUGUAGGAUUCGCCUCUAAAUGUGAAUAUUUUAAGUCUCAGUGGCCUACAAGCCUCAGCCUUCCGAUAAAACUUUCAAUUACUAGCCCCGUUACUUAUUUGUACUAGUCCCUUGUUUAAUGAAAGGAUUACAUAAAUAUUUGUUAAAAUUCCCACAGCUGGUGAUUGUUCUAUCUGUGGUAUUUUCCUAAAUGUAUUUAUUUGUUUAAAGAAAACUAGAAGUUUGGAGACACUAGCUCUUAAAUGUGUCUGACAAACUUAUUCUGGAUAAAAAAAAAAUGUAGUGCUACCUCUGGGCAAUCUGCGCACAUCAGCGCUUUGAAAUAAAUUUAACUAGUGAAUUGUCAAAAUUUAGAUCAAAGCUUUAGCCAAAAGAAAUGGCUUAGCAGAGCUUAUUUCACAAUAACUUAAGAGUGAUGCAGGGAAAAAGGUAAAGAUUUGCUUUAACCAGCUGCUGUAUGAAAGCUGGGUCUAACAUCUAUCUGUACCCCAGCCAUAGCACAUAAGAAAUGAGUGCCUUUGAAUAAAUUCACUUGUUUUUAAGGUAGAUCAGAAUUUUAGUAGAAAAACAUUUAGAAGCCAAAUCCCUCCAAUGCAGUAAGAGUUUGUUUAUAGAACAAUACAGUUGAUGAGGCUGUUUGUCUUAAAAAUCAGGACUUCUUUAAAAAAAAAAAAAAAAAAGCCAAAAUAUUUUAUAAUUCUCUUUCCAGGUUUACAAAAAGCUCACUUUAAGUUGAUUUUGCCACUUUAAACAUUUUUUUUUUUUACUCUUGGAUGAAAUGUCACUAAUGUACAUCUGCUCAAAUUAUUUUAGUCAUUUUUACCAUGCCAGGAUUACGUGCCUAAUGUACAGUUCAGCAUCAAACUUGAGCUAAUAGCCUCUAUUGCAGAUUUGAACUGAAUGUAAGAUGCAUAACUACAUGUGGCAUUAUCCCAUGUACAGUAAAACCAGAGGUACACUGAGGGGUUCUUUAUUCUAUAGCAAUAAUGGAUUCAAAAUAUGAAAAUGGCUGUUCUGUUCUCCCAGAAUGUACUUUCUUACCUCAGCCUGUAGUUACUCUGUAUUUGUAUAUAUUGCUAGACUUUAGAUUGUAUAGAUAGUGAGAUUUUUAUGUAUUUUGAAUAAAUUGUACAUAUGUAUCAUG